AUGCGAUCAUCGCUCACUUCACUAACAAUCGUUGACUGUCUCUUCGCCGACUCAUCAAGUUUGAGUGCGAAACAAAAACCGAAACGAUUGUUUGCACAAUCGUUAAAUCGAUUCAUUUCAGAAACAAUACUCGAGAAAAUCGGUGACUAUGCUGAACAAGCAGGAAUAAACAGAGGAAUAGCGCAAGCGGUGAGCGACCAAUUCAUCAAGGACACGGCUAAGAAAGGAAAAGCUUAUCUGGGACAAAGAAAACACAGUACAUCAAGUGUCACGAGCGAAACAAGUUACGAUGGGCAUCAGCACAGUGAGAAGUUAAAUAUGGAUAACAAAGAAAAUUACAACGAUCAGCAGCACCAACGAAAUCAAAACCAACAACAACAGUACCAACAACGACCUCAACAAUUGAUCAAUUCACAUCACUCCGCAGAUGAUGUCGAAGAGCCAAUGGUUCAACAAAAAGUACAGUUGAGACCAGGAUAUGGUGGAAGAUAG